UCUUCGUCUUCUUUGUUCUUAUUUGUCCUUCGUUCUUCUUUUUCUUUCUUUUUCUUCUUCUCCUUCUCAUACGUCCGCCUUCACCUUCCUUUAAUUUCUCCGCGCUGCACCCUUGAACGGCGCGUCAUCUCCACCUUCGUCGGCCGUUAAUCGCGCUCCGCCGCCGUCUUCCUCGAUCUGUCGAUAGCGACUCACCGCUGCCUACCAACGUCCUGAAAUGCCAACUCUAGAUCUUUCCGGAGUUCAAGUUGAAGCUAGCAGAACCAUGAAAAGUUAGCCAUGAACAAAAAUGUUGCUCUUUAUCCUGAUACCAAAUACUAUUUAUUGCCCACCUCUUGGCUGUCAAAGUGGAGAAACUAUAUUAAUGCUAGUUGGAAAAAUGCUCCUUUUGCCGAAGUAGAUACGAUCGAUACUGUUAUUGAUAAGCUUCUGUGUAAAGAGCAUUGUAGACUACUCGAGAGGCCCUCAGAACUCGUUUGGAAGAGGGAUCUUAUUUUCCAAAAGUCUGCUGCUGCAGAUCAACUGACAUUUGUUACGGAGGAUGAUUGGAAAUUACUCUGUGAAGAUUGGGGUGGUACAUUGUCCAAAUGUAUUGCCGCCAGGUAAAACAGUUGUAUCUGUGUCUUGGCUUUGAAUUGGUUGCUGAGCCAGUUGAGUUACCUUCUCUUCUGAUGUCAGAUUUGUGCAUGUCAUCAAGUUUAUUUUCUCCUUUAUUAGUAGGUUUGUGAGGAGUGUAUUGGUGAA